UGUUUUAGAUGUUGUUGGCUUUUUUUUUUUUUAAUAAUUAAAAAAAAUAAGAAAAAAAGAAAAGACAGUUCUUUUAAAUAUAUAUUAUUUUAAUUUAAUUAUUUUUUGUUUUUACCUUAUCAUUGAUUCCAGUUGGAAUUCUAGAGAAACCAACUGGGUCUAGAGUAGGAGAGUACCUCUCUGCAAAGAACAAAACUGGGGUCGUACAUCAAAACAACCAAUUUUUUUUUUUUUUCCUGAUAUUGGUUGCCCAUGAAUGAAAAAAAUGUUACUCCUUUGAGACCACUUUUUAAUUGUACAGUUCUUUGUGGGAGAGAAGAAGCAGUCAGAUAUAGGAAAGGGUCAGUUUUCCUCAUAUCUCAUUAAUGAUUCGCUCAGAGGAUACUGAGAUAAAACAAGGGUUGGGUUCAGCUUUUUCUUGUUCUGGCUUCCAUUGAUAUUUAGUGUUUGGCCUUGGUUAAAGGCUAACAUGAAAGUGAAGUUUGAUAAGCAUUGAUUUUGUUUGAGUUCGAUGAACUGGGUUUGCUCAGAUUUUUUGCCAUGUUCUAUUCAAUCCCAGUUCAUUGUUGAUUUUUCUCAGUUGGGUUUACUCUUGGGGGUCAAAUUUUGAUGAGUUGCUCUGCUGAAAAAGGAACGUUCUUUAAGCUUUCGAGAAUAUUUGUAAAGAUAAAUAGGUGGGUUUUGGUUAGUAUGUCUCUUAAUUGCAAGCUUUCUGGCCUGAAUGGUAGAUUACCAGCUAAUUUAAGGGUGAAGAAGGCAAAGGAGACUUUGUUGGGGCCAAAUUGUUUGAGAAAAUGGACCAGAAAGCUUUUGUUUUUCUGGCUUUUUGGGUUCGUAGCGAUUGGGAGCAUUUGGUUUUUGUUGAGUUUGGAUUACAAGACUUUGGAGGAGAAAGUGAAGAUUCUGACCACGUGCCAGGAUAACACAUCAAUCUCGCACAAGUGUUUCAAUGUUAGCAAGAACCAGCUUCACAAUUUAGCUUCCUUAUUCUCCAAAUCAGAUCAGAUAGCAUCACUGGAGUGUACCAAAGAACCAUUAAAUAAAAGCAUGUCAAGUGAUGGCAUUGUCUGUUCUAUGAGGGUACUUUGCUCAGACGAAUUGGAAUCACUAAAGCCUCACAAAUGGGAUGUGGAAUAUAUAGGAUCGCCAAAUCAAUGCUUAGAUCUUCAAGAGGAAAGCAACCCUUGGAAGCUGUACUCUGCGCCUCUAAAGGACACAUCUUUAUCACAUGCUUUGCAGCUUAUAGUUUCAGCUAUGCGUCAGAUUUCUGGAAAGAAUGUGUUACAAUCAGCAGCGUUGACUACCUGUGCAAGGAAACAGUGCCAGCUUUUUUGUGAUUUGUUAAUCGGAUAUUGGUGGUUCGUUGCUGGACUUAUAUUGAGUUACAAACUAGCUUCAAAAUUACGGAGGGAAAAGACAUUACCGGUUGCUGAGCAUCCAGCUAGUUGGCAGCAGAAGAUUGUUCAUGACCAGCCAUUGUCUCAACAGCAGAAAUUGGUUAAUGAAAGACCGCUGGCUCAACAAGAGAAGCAGCCACACAAACAGCAACAGCAAGGCCAUAGUCCUCCUAGGGGUGCUGGAAAAUGGAGGAAAAAGCUUCUAGUCGUUUUUUUCUUGCUUGGAUUUGCCUUAUCAUUUUUCCUAUAUUGGCACUUCAGUAGAAAACAUUAUUUUGGGAGUAAAGAAACACUAUCUAAUAUGUGUGAUGAACGAGCCCGGAUGUUACAGGAUCAAUUUAAUGUCAGUAUGAAUCAUGUUCAUGCUUUAGCUAUACUCGUAUCUACCUUUCACCAUGGAAAACAUCCUUCUGCCAUUGAUCAGAAAACAUUUGGAGAAUAUACAGAGAGAACAUCUUUCGAGAGACCGCUUACUAGUGGUGUCGCAUAUGCUUUGAAAGUUCUUCACUCAGAGAGAGAACAAUUUGAGAAGGAACAUGGAUGGACCAUAAAGAAAAUGGAAACAGAGGAACAAACUUUAGUACAUGAUUGUAUUCCAGAAAAUUUUGAUCCUGCACCUGUUGAAGAUGAAUAUGCACCUGUUAUAUUUUCUCAAGAAACUGUCUCCCACAUUGUAUCUAUUGACAUGAUGUCAGGAAAGGAAGAUCGUGAGAACAUCUUGCGGGCCAGGGCAACAGGGAAGGGAGUCCUUACUUCUCCUUUUAAGCUUUUAAAGUCAAAUAACCUUGGUGUAGUACUUACUUUCGCAGUCUAUGACACUGAACUGCCACCUGAUGCUACGGCAGAGCAACGUAUUGAGGCUACUGUUGGGUACCUUGGUGCAUCAUAUGAUGUCCCGUCAUUGGUUGAAAAGCUCCUACACCAACUUGCCAGCAAGGAGACAAUUGUUGUAAAUGUUUAUGAUACAACUAAUGCAUCUGCGCCUAUCAAUAUGUAUGGUACUGAUGUUACUGAUACUGGUCUAUUGCACACUAGCAGUCUAGACUUUGGAGAUCCAGUUCGCAAGCAUGAAAUGCAUUGCAGGUUCAAGGAAAGACCUCCUUUACCAAUGAUGGCAAUUCUUUCAUCGGGUGGAGUGGUUACUAUUACUUUACUAGUUGGCUAUAUUUUUUAUGGAGCCAUACGCCAAAUAGCAAAAGUGGAGGCAGAUUAUCGCAUGAUGGUAGAACUUAAAGCUCGUGCUGAAGCUGCAGAUGUGGCAAAAUCUCAGUUCUUAGCAACUGUCUCUCAUGAGAUAAGGACACCAAUGAAUGGUGUUUUAGGUAUGCUGCAAAUGUUGAUGGACACUGACCUUGAUGCAACCCAACAAGACUAUGCUCAAACUGCUCAUGCUAGUGGGAAAGACCUGAUUUCACUUAUAAAUGAGGUUCUUGACCAGGCUAAAAUAGAAUCGGGCAGGCUUGAACUUGAGGAUGUUCCUUUUGAUUUGCGCUCUGUACUUGAUAAUGUUCUGUCACUCUUCUCAGGAAAAUCUAAUGAAAAAGGGAUUGAGUUGGCUGUUUAUGUCUCAAAUCGAGUGCCUGAAGUUGUCAUUGGUGAUCCUGGACGCUUUCGGCAGAUAAUCACUAAUCUAGUUGGAAAUUCAAUUAAGUUCAUCCCUGACAACGGACACAUAUUUGUCACGGUGCAUCUAGCAGAUGAAGUUAAAUGCCCAGCUGACUCUAUGGACACAGUGCUUAAACAGGGUUUAGAUUCAGUUGAAGAUAAGCCAAGCAAUACCUACAAUACAUUGAGUGGUUCUCGAGUGGUUCAUAGAUGGAAAAGUUGGGAGCAUUUUAAAAAUUUAAGCAGCUCAACAGGAGAUGAAUCUGAUAGGAUUAAGCUACUGGUGACAGUCGAAGACACCGGUGUUGGAAUUCCUCAGAAUGCACAACGUAACAUUUUUACACCUUUUGUACAGGCUGAUAGUUCCACGUCAAGAACAUAUGGUGGAACAGGAAUAGGAUUGAGUAUCAGUAAAUGUUUGGUUGAACUCAUGGAUGGAGAAAUAGGAUUUGUCAGUGAACAGGACACUGGCAGUACCUUUUCAUUUACUGGAUCUUUAAGGAAAGGAAAUACCAGUUCUUUAGACACAAAGUGGCAACAAAAUGAUCCAGUUGUUUCUGAAUUCCGAGGACUAAAAGCAUUAGUAAUAGAAAAGAGAGCUAUCCGAGCUGAAGUUACGAGAUACCAUCUAGCUAGGUUGGGGAUAUCUGCUGAUAUAGCUCUAAGCAUGGAAUCGGCAUCCUCUUAUCUUUCAAAUAUUUCUAACGCCAGCUUUUCUUCCCCACAUUUGGCCAUGAUCCUUGUUGAUAAAGAUGUUUGGGAUAGUGAAGCUGGUCUAACAUUCCAUAAGUUGCUGCGGCAGCUAAGGCAAACCUGUGCUACAGAAUCCCUUACAAACCCUCCAAAGAUAUUUCUAUUGACUACCUCAAUUAGCACUAGCGAACGCAAUGCGCUCAAAUCUGCCGGUGGGGUGGAUAAUGUUCUGACAAAGCCACUUAGAUUAAGUGUUUUAAUUGCCUGCUUGCAAGAUGCCCUUGCAAAUGGUAAGAAGAGGCUCAUGAACCAAAAGAAAAAAUUACCUCUUGGAACAUUAUUGAGAGGAAGGAAAAUUUUGGUGGUGGAUGACAACAUGGUGAAUAGAAGAGUAGCGGAAGGUGCUCUAAAGAAAUAUGGAGCUAUUGUUACCUGUGUGGAUUGUGGGAAAGCUGCUUUAGAAAAGCUUGAACCACCUCACAGCUUCGAUGCUUGCUUCAUGGAUCUCCAAAUGCCUGAAAUGGAUGGGUUUACAGCAACUCGGAAAAUUCGCCUCAAGGAAAGCAAUGUAAACGAGAAAAUAGCAUCUGGAGAAGCAUCAAGCGAGAUGUUUGGAAAUGUGACUCAUUGGCACACUCCUAUCUUGGCUAUGACUGCUGAUGUAUUUCAAGCUUCAAAUGAAGAAUGUAUGAAGUGUGGAAUGGAUGGUUAUGUGUCGAAGCCGUUUGAAGAAGAUCAGCUUUACUCAGCAGUGGCACGCUUCUUUGAGUCGGGUUGAUAGAGAGUAAAGAGUGAAAAUAACACUAAUUUGUUUGUCCAUUCCAUUGUGGUUCUGCCAAGCAGUUGAUCUACGCGUCACUAUGCUUGGCUCGAGCAGUUGGAGCUUUAUGUCUCUGCAACUAAGUAGGCUAACUGCAAUUUGCUGGAGGACCUAAUCCUGUCACACCUUGUUUUAACAACUACGGAAAUUAGGUUUGUUAUGACCAAUCAGAUUCAAGUGUGCUCAGAGGUACGGCUGAGGUCCAUCGAAGACUUGGCUUCUAAGGUUUCCAUCCCUUCUACAUUGUCACGGUGGCUGUUGAAGGGAGUUAGAGAAAUGGCUUCUUCUGUACAUAAGUCACAAUUCUUUUAGUUACUUAACUGUAAAUGGUGUCCUGGUGGUACACUUUUUCUUUUCUUCUCCCUCCAUAGAAACUGGCUGUAAAGUAAAAAUGUUGUAAUGCCAGAAGUAUCCAUUUUUUGAACUCUGCUCAAAAUAAAUAAUCUCUCAUCUUUCUCAGGCUUAGUACUGGGAUGCCAAGUGGAAUUCUUGGAGGGUGUAAGAUUGCAGUUUCCAGUUUGUUGUGGCUGUUUUGACAUUAUGUCAUCCACUCAAUGCAAUGAGCCACUGUGUUAAGAUUUUUGUGUUCUGUAUUAUAUGCGUAAUUUGGUUUUAAUAUUGUAAA